AUGAAGUCCGCAUUCAACGGUGAAAUCAACUGGACCUCCCACACGAUCAAGGUGAUGUUGUGCACGAGCGCGUACACGCCGGAUCAGGAUGUGCACCAGUACAAGUCGUCUGUCACGAAUGAGGUGACGGGCACCGGGUACACGGCAGGUGGACUCACGUUGGCGACCCCGACCGUGAACUACACGGCGGGCACGAACACGCUGGUGCUCGAUGGCCCUGACCUGGAAUGGUCUGGCUCGACGAUCACCGCCCGGUAUGCAGUGAUCUACGACGCGACCCCGGGAACGGAUGCGACCCGCCCGCUGAUCGCGUACUCCGACCUCGGUGGCGACGUAUCGACCACGGCAGGCAAGUUCACGAUCACCUGGGACACCGCGGGAAUCAUCACUUCCACCACUGCA